UAUGUUCCUCCUGUUCACCGUAUAACAAGUUGUGUUCUCUCUGUGUUCUUCAGGUUAUAACUGGUGUUAAGAGAAGUCUACCCACAACCCCCACAACAACAGGGGGGGUUACAGAUGGUGGUGGGGGAGGGAACCAUCAGUACAACCACAAUCACCACAAUCACCACCAUCAGUAUGGAGAUCCACCACCAGCCAAGAUGUCACGAACGCUGCCACCACCACUACUGCCUGACAACACUGCUGGUGGAGGUGAGGUGUGCUCAUGUCCGCCCUUCGAGUGUACGUGUGGGAAGGUGGGCGUGAGUAUGGGCGUAGAAGCACUAAUACCCCGCCCAUCAUUCCCCCACACGCCCCUGGAUCCUUACUACGCCCACACACACCAGCAGGAGGAUUUAGGACACCACCAGAGAGUCCUAGAUGUGCACAGAGGUCCUGCGGAUGGUGUGAGGGCGCCGCAACUCUACCGCAGCCCAGCACCGCCUGCGGGAGCCUUCCACCCACCGACAGUCAAUUGGACACCGCCAGCGUCUCUCAUAGGGGACUGGACCAUGGGAUCUAUAGGCCCCCGUAAUGAAACCAUGGGCGGGGAGGUAUGGAUCACGCCCACACUAGACACAGGUGUAUGGUGUGACCCCCCACUACCCCACAACAACCCUCCUCCACCCCCACACCACCCAUACACCCACAAUUACACCUGCGAUGUUAAGUUAGAUAUCCAAGGUGAUCCUGAUAGCAUAUUCCCCUUCGAGGAGUCCUUUCAACCACAGGAUAUCUUUGCCUUGGAACAACCCUACAGGAAGAAAGGAGACAUCCCUCCUAAUAUCCCUGAAGCUACGGCCCAGAAGUUCCUACAAUGUAUUGAUGACAUUAUUGGUGAUUGUUUUCUAGACGAUCCUCUACAACAACAGCAACAGCAACAACAACAGCAGCGAUCACCUUCAACGUUAUUAGAUCUAGGGAGCGGGGCGUUAACACACCAUCACACAUAUUCUACCCAACAUACUCCUACCUUACCACAUACCCCUACCUUACCACAUACGCCCACAUACUCCACAUCUAACCCGCCCACGUCCGCAACACCAAACCCGCCCACGACUGGUAUGGGGACUUCAAUGUCUCUUCCACUGCAAGAACCUUCGUCUCUACAACACGACGAUGCUGGGAGGUCUCCAACGGGGGAGGCCAUACCCCAGGAGACCAUGGAGGCCAGUAGGGAGGCCGCUAUGACCUCCAAUAGGUUUGUGUUCUCCUCGCCCGACCCUGAUUACAACAAUUACGCCAAUGAAACGAGGAGUUACGCCGCCCAUGACGCCUCCACCAAUGGCAGCCUUCCUAGCUAUGACGUCACGGUGUAUACGUCAUCAUUCUGCGUAUCUCCCAGCCAAUCACAGACGUUCACAGCGCGGGAGGGGAAGAGUGACAAUCCGUUCACAGCAUUUGAGGCUUCGUCGCCCCUCAGCUGAACGACUUAACAGCAUCACAGCAUCACAGCAUUACAGCUAAAUGAUUAUUAUCUGUGCCUCUGUUUCCGUUUGGACCUGUUUCACGCUGUUUUAGGCCCAAUUUAAGGCUGUUUCAGAUUGUUUCAGCCCCAUUUUGAGUCGUUCCAUACACUGAUGUUUUUUCUCGUUCAAUAUGAAACAGCUUCACGUUUCAGUCAGUAAUGAAACACCAAGUUACACUAUUUCAAACUCUUUAAAACUGACCAAACACAGAGUUCCACAUUAUUGAAACUCUGAAACAAUUUAUGAGACAGUUUCAGGUUUAAAAAUAAUUCCAUACUAAUUGAAACUGAGUCAGUGAAACAGUAGAAGAUAAUAAACUGCUUCAGAAAGUUUCAAAACUGUUUCAUUGAGCUGAAACACCGAUCAUGAAUGUACAGUUAAGUUUUACUGAUCUGAAACUUUGGUGUAAAGAAACUGAUUCAUAUCGCGUCCAAAAAUAGUUUCUGAAUCGUCCAGUGAAUCCAUGAUGUUUCAAAAGUCUCUAGAAAGUUUCAGAGUUCGAAAUAAUUGAAAAUGAAACACCAAUUCGAUACUCCAGUGAGUGAAACUACGGAGAACUCUAUACUGGAUUAACUGCUUCGAAUCCACAGUGUUUCGAACUAUUUCCAAGUGUUCAAGUGAGUGGAACUAAACCAGUAUUGAUACAGUGUUCAGUGAGCCAAUGAACCAGUGAACAGAACCAGUAUCAAGGUUCUUAAUUUAUGGCAACGAAACGGAUUCAGCAUUUAAAAUGGUUCACGAGACAAAGAAUGAACCCUUGAAGAUAUUUAUGUAUUCCGGAGCAUUAUUUGACACCUAGAGAGAUUAGCUUAAGUUAUUUAAGUGUGUUAAUGAAGCCAGGGUUCAUUUUAAACGAGGGUUCAUAAACUACAAAACAAUGAACCCUUGAAAUGAAUCCUUGAUAGAUUUAUAUAUGUUUCGAAGCAGUAUUUGAAGCUCGACUUGUACUGAUUAGGUUAAGAUGUUUGACAGUGUGUUGUUUGAGAUGAGUCGAGGCUUCAUUUGACUCGAGGCUUUAUUUGACUCGAAGCUUCAUUUGACUCGAAGCUUCAUUUGACUCGAAGCUUCAUUUGACUCGAAGCUUCAUUUGACUCGAAGCUUCAUUUGAGUCGAAGCUUCAUUUGACUCGAGGCUUCAUUUGAGUCGAAGCUUCAUUUGACUCGAAGCUUCAUUUGAGUCGAGGCUUCAAUAUAGAGUCAAGACAAAUUUGUAUAAUAUAACAAAUUCUUCCUCCCCAAGUUAUUAAGUUAAUUUAUUAAGAAUUUACCAACUUAAUGUCCCAAAUUAUGACAAAAUCAAUCAAAUACGAAACAGUAAUUGGGAUAAUUAAUUCUUGGUAAUUAUAUGAUAAUUAAUUACAAAUAAACAUAUAAUUAAAAACUUAAAUGUGGUUGGUUACUACGCUAAUUAAUCCUGCCAUUGAGAUUUAUUUUUUGAUGAGAUUUCUUAAUGACGGGUCGAUUAAUUAAGGUCAAAUCAACCAUAAUUAGAUUUUAAUGAUAUGGAUAAUUAAGGAUAACCUGAAGAUUAGGCACCCUAGAUAAUUUCACAGGUUAAUUAUAUAACCUACUUCUAACCUAACCCUAACCAAACCUAACCUAAUGCUAACCAAACCUCACAUUUAAAGUAAGGUUAGAAUAGGUUAGAUUAGGUUACACUUUGGUUAGGUUAGGUUAGCAAUAGAGCAUUCAAUCACCAGGUAGAAUAAACUAGGGUAUCUAACCUUCAGGUAAUCCCCUAAUUAACCCCCCCCCUCCCUCCCACAAACUAUACAAAAUGUUGGAACGACCUCAUACCGUGUCUGAGACUGGUUCAGUACGAGGGGGUUGUUCUAGAAGGAUCUCUAUGUACCAUACAAAUAGUUUAUAACAAAUUUAAUAGGACUUUUCCUUUGUUUAUGUGAGUGUGUGUGUGUGUGUGUGUCGUGAGCUUACAACACAACAACAACAACAUCUUGAUUUAAAUUGAUUUGUGAUCGGUUUUAAUACGUUGUUAAAUUAAUGGUAGGUGUUAAAAUUGUUUAAAAUAUUUCAGGGUUAUAUUAUUUUCUGGUUAAGUUUGUGGUAUGUAUCUAACUGGUUAAAUUAUGUUAAAAUUAUGGAUAUUAUAUGUUAAAUUAUACUGAGACUCUACCUUAACUAGAUACCUUCACUUAACACUAAGACUCCACCUUAACUAGAUACCUUCACUUAACACUGAGACUCUACCUUAA